AUGAGUUCCUUUUAUUUAACACCACCAACUUCUCCAUCCGUUCCAACUGAAUCUUCUUCAGUAGAAGCAACCUCAGCUAAAACACUUGAACAUUAUCAUAAGCAUUACAAUAUUCAAUUCACACAAUCAUCUCAUAUGCCAAAUGCAUCUAAAAUAAAACAUGGAUCACCAUUUAGUUGGCAAGAUAUUAAUUUUGUAAUAUAUUCAAAUCAAUUAGAAAUCUUUGCCAGAUCAGAAACUCAAACGAUAAAGUAUCAUUCAUUUAAGAAAUGGUUAAAGGAGAAUGAACUAAAUAUUAAUGAAUAUUUAUUACAAUAUGAAUUACAUUGGAAGCAUAAUGAUAUUAGAUUUCAAUCAAAAAUUCAUCAUGAUGAGUACACUAUUCAAUAUCCUCAAGAUUUGAUAUUUCAUAACAAGGGCGAUAUUAAAAUAAAAUAUAAUAAGUUCCCUUAUUAUUUUGAAGAGAAAGUCAAACAUCUUUGUAUUUGGUCAAAAUUAACUAUUCCAACUGAUAAAAAUAGUGAAGUUGGUGAUAUUUCAAAAUUAUCCAAACAGAUUAUUGAAAAAUAUUUGCAUAAAACAUUCGUCACUCGUGGAGUUAAACCACAACAAAUAGUUUGGUUCAAGAACUGGUUGAGUUUACAAAGUGUUAGAUCUAUUAGUCAUAUUCAUGUCAUUCUUUAUGAUGUUGAUGAUGAAUUGAUUGAAGAAUUACUUGAAGGAGAUGGUGGAUUGUUGAGUUUGGAAGACUACGAAGAGAUUUUAGCAUAG